AUGUCAGAUGUCCGUAGGAGAACUAUUUAUGAGUACCACAGGGUGGAACUACAGAUGUCAAAGAUUACCAAUCUGUCAGCUGUUGAAAUGAUACCACUUCCAACUUGUCUUCAGUUUACCAGCUGUGGUCCUUGUGUCACUGCCCAGAUUGGUUUCAACUGCAGCUGGUGCAGCAAACUCCAAAGAUGCUCCAGUGGAUUUGACCGUCACCGGCAAGAUUGGGUAGACAGUGGCUGUCCUGAAGAGUCAAAAGAUAAGAUUUGUGACAAGAAUAUAGAUACAACUGAAACACCUCCAUACUCCACCACCACCCUUCUGCCAACCACCACAAAGUUCAGAGUUUUAACGACCACCAGAGGGUCCACCACUUCCCACCUGCCAACUAGCCUGCCCACAGAAGAUGACACCAAGAUAGCACUGCACCUAAAAGAUAAUGGAGCUUCCACAGAUGACAGUGCGGCAGAGAAGAAAGGUGGAACACUUCAUGCCGGCUUAAUUGUUGGCAUUCUAGUCCUGGUCCUCAUUGUGGCUGCAGCCAUCCUUGUGACCAUCUAUAUGUAUCAUCAUCCAACAUCAGCAGCUAGUCUCUUCUUUAUAGAGCGACGCCCAAGCAGAUGGCCAGCAAUGAAAUUCAGAAGAGGGUCUGGACAUCCUGCCUAUGCUGAAGUGGAACCAGUUGGAGAGAAAGAAGGGUUCAUCGUAUCAGAGCAGUGCUAAAAUUUCUAGGACAGAACACCAGUACUGGCCUACAGGUGUAAGACAUUUACUUUGCCUCUCUUUAAAGAAAAGGAGCCCUAAGCUGCUGUAGCCUGAUAGAACGAAGAUUUUGGAUAAGCUUUGUCCAAGAAAAACUAUCUAAGAUACCAGACUACCACUGCACAGUAGUUUUUGUUAAUGGACUGAGACACAAUGGUUCAUGCUGAACACUUGUCAGUGGACACCUAUGGUAUCAGAACUAUGGCACAAGUGCCAUGUUAUUGGCUUUAGGUAUGGGGAUGCACAGUAAUCAAAAAUACAAUAAAGCUUUGGUGC